AUCCUAAAAGAACACCCUUGCGACCUUGCCUAUUAUGAAAAUCCAGUCGCCGCAUUUUGAUGGGAAGAUACCAAACUGGUACCACUUUGGCUGUUUCUGGGAAAGAGCAAAAGUUGGUGUUCAUACUGACAUUGCUCAUUAUGAUUCCUUGCGUUGGGAUGAUCAACAAAAGAUCAAGGAUAAGAUUUCAGGUGGCGGUGAAGGAAAUGAGGAGCAGGCAGCAGCAACACCAAAGGAUGAUUUUUCCGUGGAGUAUGCCGCAUCGAGCCGGGCUAAAUGUAGAGGCUGUGACGAUAAGAUUGAGAAGGGUGUGGUAAGAAUCUCAAGAAAGGAGAUAGGGUUCCGUGGACAGCCUCAGGAUAAGUGGUAUCAUGUCACCUGUUUUGCGGAUGAAGCUGGAAACUUAGGUUUCACUUAUUUAGCUGAUGACUUGAAUGGCUUUGGGAAGCUAAAACCGGAUGACCAGAAGUUAGUGCGGGAAAAGGUUGGAACAGGCGAAGGCAAAAGAAAGAAGCCGAAAAAGGAAAACGUGCAGGAAGCCCCAAAGAAGGAAGAUAAUGCUGAGCAAAAGCGGCUGAAGGAGCAGAGUGAGAAGAUAUGGAAGAUGAUUGACAAGCUAAAGACGUUCCCGACGAAGCACCGCCGUGAGCUCCUAGAGUACAAUAAGCAGGAUCUGCCCUCCGGUGAGAGCAAGGUUCUGGAUCGGCUCGCCGACUGCAUGGUGUUUGGUGCGUUGAAGCGUUGCCCAGAGUGCGAGGAUGGACAGCUGGUUGUGGCAGGAGAUGGGUACCAUUGUAGUGGCAAUGUGUCUGGUUGGACAAAAUGCAUGUACACAACGAAAAAACCUAAGCGCAAAACAUUCAAGAUCCCUGAGGAGUUGGCUGAGAUACCAGUUCUGGAGAAGUACAAGUGCGUGAUAACUGAGCGUGUCUUCUCGAGUAACCCAGCAGUAUCACACGGAAAACCACUAAAGAACAUGAAGUUUGUUCUGAUUGGUAAGAAUAUGACAAAGACGAAGGACGUUUUGUCUAAGAGCAUAGACUACCUGGGAGGCAAGGUUGUCACUCAGAUCGAUUCGUCUGUGACUGCUUGUAUCAGUGCUAAAGACGAUGUUGAUAAGAUGAUAAAGAAAGUUGCUGAGGCAAAGGAGGCGAACAUCACUGUUGUGUCGGAGGACUUUGUUGAUGACUGCAAGCUGAAAGGCGACCUUGUCAGUGCCAUCAAGCAGUACAAGAUUGCACCAUGGGGUCCUGAGCCAGAGACUCUAGUGUCUAAGGAGCAAGCCAGUGCCGCAGAGGGGAAGUCUGGAGCUAAGGAAAAGAAAGCAGUACGGGACGAUCGUAUAUGGACUAAAUCCAUGCCAGAGACAAUCAAGAUGAAAAUCAAAGGUGGGGCUGCAGUAGACCCGGAUUCAGGUCUGAGCCAUAAAGCACACGUGGUAGAACAGAAAGGGCGCCAUUUGACGGCUGUGCUUGGUUUGGUAGAUGUUGUGUCAGGAGCCAAUUCCUACUACAAGCUGCAGGUUUUGGAGGAGGAUAAGAGCCACAGAUUCUAUGUGUACCGGUCUUGGGGACGUGUUGGAACAACUAUUGGUGGAGACAAGUUAGCUGCGAUGCCAAAGCAGGAGGCUAUUGCUAACUUCAAGGCUGUCUAUGAAGAGAAGUCUGGCAACCAAUGGGGACAGAAGACAGAGUUUGUGAAAUAUCCGAAAAAGUUCUACCCACUCGAGAUGGACUAUGGGCAGGAUAAAGUGGAGAUAGCAAAACUGAGUGCUAAUUCAAGUUCAAAGCUUCCAAAGUCAGUACAGGAUCUGAUUCGUCUCAUCUUUGAUGUGGAAAAGCUCAAACAGGCUAUGCUGGAGUUCGAAAUCGACCUGAAGAAGAUGCCACUUGGAAAGCUGUCAAAGAAACACAUUCAAAGUGCUUACAAAGUUCUAACAGAGGCUCAGGAGCUGAAAACUUCGGGUGGUUCACCGACACAGUUUCUAGAUGCGUCUAACCGCUUCUUUACACUCAUUCCACACGACUUUGGAAUGCGAAAGCCACCUAUACUAGACAGCGAAGUGCUGAUCAAGGAGAAGUGUGAGAUGCUGGAUAACCUUCUGGAGAUUGAGAUUGCAUACAGCAUGCUGAGCACAGCCUCUGGCAAGGCAGACAAGGAUCCGAUUGACGCCUACUAUGACAAGCUCAAGUGCAAAAUGGAGGUUUUGGAUAAGACGGCCAAGGAAUUCAACACAGUGCGGGACUAUGUGAAGAACACGCAUGCAGCAACACACUCACAAUACAACCUGGAGAUUACUGAUGUGUUCAAGACUAAGCGGGAAGGCGAGGCACAGCGCUACAAGCCAUUCAAGCAGCUACACAAUCGUCAGCUGCUAUGGCAUGGCUCUCGAGCAACUAACUACGCUGGUAUCCUGUCCCAGGGGCUGAGGAUUGCACCGCCAGAGGCUCCUGUGACUGGCUACAUGUUUGGCAAAGGACUCUACUUUGCAGACAUGGUCUCCAAAAGUGCAAACUACUGCUGCACAUCUGCUACUAGUCACACUGGUUUGCUGCUCCUAUGUGAAGUGGCACUAGGUAACAUGCAUGAGAAGAAGCAGGCAGAGAUGGUAACCAAGCUACCGAAAGGAAAACACAGCACCAAAGGUUUGGGUCGUACGAUGCCCGACCCUAAAGCGAAAGUGACCCUGCCGGAUGGAGUUGAGGUACCCCUAGGAAAGCCAACAGAAAGCAACAUAAAAGACACGAGUCUCCUAUACAACGAAUACAUCGUCUAUGACACUGCACAGGUGAACAUAAAGUACCUUCUGAGGUGUGAGUUCAAUUACGACCUGUGGUAGGUGCAAACCAAAGAUACAUUCCAGGUAUAAAGGCCAAGUACUGGUCGACGAUAGAGCUGACACAAUUGAGGAAUGCAUGUUGUUUGUCAUGAUUUAUGAUUGUAUGCAGGAUACAAGUUUAUUACGUUGCACUCGCGUGUAUGCCUUCUUAUGACGAGCUGUUCUUCGUUGAUGAUUUUUCAACGCACCUAUUUGUUAGUUUCUGUUCAAGAAAAAGAAGCAGUAGCCUUGCUGAAAUCCAGAAUAAUAUUAUCGUGUCCAUUGCUACAAUAUACACAUUAUAGCAGAACUGAUGAAAAUAUAUAAUCAUGUAUGCUGUAUAUAGUAUUCAUGAAUGCAGUAUACUGUGUACUGCAUGCACACUGAAUGCUGCACUUUUGCUAGUAAUACCAAAAAUUCAACAGGACAGACAAACAGGUUUCAUUAUAUUAUGUUAAAAGUUAGUUUGUUAUAGUUAGUGUUAAGGUAUAUAUUAUAUAUACAGUUCAACUUUAUUCUAAGACAAACACCGGUAAUCGAAGAUUUAGGUAAAAAAUAAGUUUAUGUAAGUUUGCUUUAUAUAUCAAAAUCAGUAUGAAUCUCAUUUCAUAUUAGUAUUAUAAAAGAACUUUACAGCAGGACUUGACCAGUAUUGAUAGUUGCUAACAUUAUGAUAUUCUUAUUUUAAUAUAGGUCUUAAAUACAGAAAUUAUGAAUACAGUAUACAUUAAUAAUUUUAAUGUAGAGUAUUUUGACCAGCUAUGUUCAUACACAUUAGGAGCACAGGCCAAUUUAUUAAUUCACAUAAUUGAUAAGUAUUUUCUUAAAUAACAGACUAGUGUACAUUUUUCCAACAGACUUUGGUACAUACCAAUUAGUACCUUGUCGGUUGUCACUGCUAAAAAACCACAUAUCAUGAACAGAUAUUCGAAGGACAAAUAUAAACACUCCCAAUAUUAAACACUAUAAAAUAUAACAACUUGUGUUAGUGCAAAGUAAGUAGUCCUUUCUUAUAUCAUUUGGUUACAAAAGGUGUACUGUAUUACUUUACAUAUCGAGAUCACUGCCUCCUAAUUCGUUUAUGUGACAGGUUGUGUGUGUGUAAAAAGUACAAAUAAAGGUUUGUAUACAUUA